AUGUUCCGCGCUCGGCCAAAUCUCGUCCGUCCGUCUGAAGUCUCGGCCAAAGUCCAAAACCGUCGGCCGAUCACGCAAUCACGACCCGGGAAACAUUGCCCGCGGUCGGCCACGCCACGCCACGACGCGCACGACCAAAGCGCGCGAGCCGGGAAACGCCUCGCGGCCGCGCAACUCAUCUCGCGUACCACGCCGAUGCCGUCCGAGCCGGGAAACUACGUCCCGCGUCCGGCCGAGAUUUCAUCGGCCAAAUUCAUCCGUCCGACCACGCCGGCCGACCGCAUCCGUCCGACCCCGACCGUUCCGACUCGGCCACAUACCCGAUUGUCCGGCCGAUCGUCCCGCACGACCGUCCCAACGCCGCGGUCGACCCGAAGCCCUUUUUGA